AUGUCUUCCUCCAACCCUGAGGAUACCCCCCGAGAGCCUGAGUCUGAGCCUGAACCCUCAACCUCCAAGCAGAAACAGAGGGGAAAGCGGCCACAGCAGGCGGCCAGCGUCCACGCCCUCACCAGGGCUGGCCACGGGGCGCUCCUGGCUGGCCGGAACCACGAAGCCCUGACCAGCUUCCAGAGGGCCUUCGUCCUAGCCUCGGAGGCCCCGCAAACUCGCGACACCCCUGUUCUCCGGGCCUGUGCCUUCAACCUGGGGGCUGCCUAUGUGGAGACCGGGGACCCAGCCCGGGGCCUCGAGCUGCUCCUGAGAGCCCUACCUGAGGAGAAGGCACAGGGCAGGCGUCAUGGCGACCAGUGUUUCAACGUGGCUUUGGCCUACCACGCCCUGGGCGACCUGCCUCAAGCUUUGGCCUGGUACCACAGGGCCCUGGGUCACUACCAGCCACUAGGCGACCAUGGGCAAGUCCAGGCAAAAAUGGGAGCCUGCUACCAGGCUCUGGGACAGCCUGAGCUGGCAGCCCACUGUCUGCAGGAGGCAAGCCGGGCCUACGCCCAAGCAGGGCAGCCCCAGGCUGCGGCCUUGGCCUUGGGGGCUGCGGCGGGGUGUAUGCUGAAGAGCGGGCGGCAUGGGGUGGGCGCGGUGACGCGGGUGCUGGAGGAGAGCCGGAGGCUCGCUGAGAGGAGCCCUGAGCACAGACUGCUGGGGCAUCUCUAUAACGACCUAGGCCUGAGCUACUGCCAGCUCCAGCUGUUCCCGCUUGCAGCGGAGUCCUUCCUGCGGGCCCUGCCCCUGUGUCGCGGGCCGGGAGAGGAGGCCACGGUGCUGAGAAACCUCGGGACGGCCCACAGUGCCCUUGGCAACUACCGGCAAGCCCGGGAGUGUCACCAGAAGGCUGCUGACCUGCAUGGCUCUGGGGGGCAGCGGCGGGAGCAGGGCCGGAGCUUUGGCAGCCUGGCAUUUGUACUGAGCCAGCUGGGGGACCACAGGGCAGCCAGAGACAACUACCUACACGCCCUGCAGGCGGCCCAGGACACUGGCCUGCGGGGCUGCCUCCCAAACCCGCGACGGUACAGCAGUGCGUUCAGAGGUGUCCUCUCUCGGGCUAUAUCCCCGUUUCCCAUUCGAGAAAAUAGACGUCUGGAGACGUCACCCCCUGAGCCCCAAACUUCCAGCGAGGAGCAAAUUGAACAUCUCAGUGCCGAGACCGCCAAGCCCUUGUUCAGUGUGCACAGCAGCCCAUCUGUCGAUGGUGGCACAUCACGUGUCCAUGCAGCACUGAAUCCCCGGGAAGAGGCUUCGUCCCAGAAACCCGGAACGUUUGAGUGUUGCGGAGGAAGCACAGAGGCCGCGUUCCGGGCCAGCAGAGUGGAGUCACAUGAUCGUACAGAAGCCAGACUUGGCCUCUUCCCCUCCCCCGGGGACCCACCUACUGACUUGGGGGCCACUGGGGACCAGAAUGCCAGGAUGCUCCAUUCGGAGGGGGCCUUGGCCUCCAAGCGGGAGAUGGGCCCCGGAUCCUGGACCUGGAUGGAGAGGGACGGGCACACUCAUCACAGGCCUCUCUGCGCCAAGAACCACAUGGUGCAAAGAGAAAACUUUGGGAGAAGAACAAGGAGGGCGCGUGUCGGGGUAAUGCAAACACACACUCUCACAUACUUAAGUGGCGGAGUUCCCCAGCGCUUGCCCACACUGUCCUGUGAGCAGCUGGCGCUCCGGCACUCGGCUUCCUCCUUGGGAGGGACUCCUCACGGGGAGGGCGCAGGAGCCCUCGUCCACUGGGGUCUCAGACUUCAAGUCCUGAAAAGGAAUCUGUAG